AUGAAGAUCCUUAAAAGUAGGAAUAUAGUUUCUCACUUAAGUAAUGCUGUUGUUGUCAAAAAAUGUGUCUAUUUUACAGUAAUAUUAUCGAUAUUAUCAACCGGUUUCAUAUUAAAUUUGAUGAUUAAUGAAAGUCAACCAAUGUAUAAAGAUCAUCACGUUAAGUUUCCAACAGACUUAAAAUAUAUAUUGUUUUGGAGACUGGAAACAAACAGAAAGGGAUAUUACUUCAAAAAACUGCCCGACUUACUUGAAGGACAAGCUAUGUUUAUUAAUCAAAAAUGCAAAUAUAUAAAUUGCUUUAUCACUUACAAUAAUAGUAUUCUUCAUGGUAACAGUAAGAACUUUGAUGCGGUGGUUUUUAAUAUAAAAGAAAUCUUCGAUGUUAAGCGCGAAGAAAUAGAAUUAACAAGGUCACCCGAACAAAAAUAUAUUUUCAACUCUAUGGAUUCAGCUGCAAUAUUCCCAGUUUGCUUUCCUUAUCUUGAUAACUUCUUUAAUUUAACUUGGACCUAUAGGUUUGACUCGGAUAUACCACAGCCGUUUUUCGACAUUUAUGACUAUAACAAUAAUUUGGUGGGUCCAAAACAACAGAUGAAUUGGAUCAUUGACAUGAAACACACAAAUAGAUACAAAAACGUAAUUCAUAAUAAAACUAAAGCAGUCGCGUGGAUCGUAAACAAAUGCAGAUCAAGACGCAAACAUUUUCAACUUGUAACGGAUAUUGGACGAGAACUAAAUAGCUAUAAUUACAGCUUGGACUUAUAUGGAAAAUGCGGUGGAACUAAAUGCCCUGGUGAUAAUAUUUUAAGCUGCUAUGAAAUAAUUGAAAAAAGUUAUUACUUUCAAUUGGUAUUAGAAGAUACAACAUCUGAGGAUCACGUUACUGAAAGGAUGGGACGAGCAAUGAUGCAAACUGCAAUUCCUAUUGUACAAGGUGGUUUAGAAUAUGCAAGUUAUUUGCCGCCUGGUUCAUAUAUUAACAUGAAAAACCUGACUAUAAAGGAAUUGGGAGCAAUUAUUGAUUACCUCAUCCAUAAUCCGAAAUAUUACGCCUAUUUCUUUGACUGGAAGAGUUAUUACUACUACACAAUUAGACCAAAGGACUAUGUUUGCGAUUUAUGUGCAUACCUGAAUGAAGAUAUUGGACACUCUAAGAAAACUUACAAAAAAUUUCGGAAGUGGUGGAAUUCGGCUUUUCACAAGCAUUGUCAACAGAAGCGUUUAUUUGAUUUAUUUAUUGAUUUUCAAUAA